AUGGGCCCCUGUACCGCCUCCUCAUGCUGCUGCCAGGCCCGUAAUCUGCCAUGGGCCCCCGUACCGACUCCUCAUGCUGCUGCCAGGCCCGUAAUCUGUCAUGGGCCCCUGUACCGCCUCCUCAUGCUGCUGCCAGGUCCAGAGUGUGUCAUGGGUCCCUGUACGGCCUCCCAUUGCUGCUGUCUCCAUCGCCACACUCUGCCAUGUGCCACUUUCAGGUCUCCUCACACUGCUGGUGGGUUCCAUUUUGUCAUAGGGUGCUGUAUGGCCUCCCAUUGCUGCUGCCUCCACCGCCACACUGUGGCUCCACACUCUGGUUUUGGCCCCGUGACUGCCCAAAUGAGUGAAGUGUGCGGUGAUUCUAAGAUCGACGGCACUCAUCUUUAUGUCAUACUGACUGUAUUAUUUCUCUUCCCCAGCAGACUCCAAGGGCAUUUAAAUUAAAGGUACAGUGUUCUGCACUAAUAUAA